AUACACACGAUAUUGUGAUAUGUAAAUGAUGAAAGGAUGAUAGAUGUGCACUCGUUCUUUUGUGAGAAAGUAAAUCAAUAUGCAUUUGCUUUUUAUGGACGCAGGAUCGAAAAAAUUGCCGUACGUUAUUGAAUAGACGAGGGCGUUGCGGUUGCGAGACGUCCAUCGAACGAAUUAAAUCGCAAACAAACAAAACGUACAGCAAGUGUCAAGCGAUUUUGAAAAUAUGAUUUAUUAUUGUAUUUCUAUCUUUGAAAAGUAUUAUUAUUAAGAAAUCCGAAUGUCUUCAAAUCCAAAAAAGUCUCCUCGUUACGAGGAUUUGAUCUCAAAGUCCGAAGACGAUACUUUGGGUACAUCGAUUAGUCUUAGCGUGGAUGAAAAUUCCAUUAGAAUAAAAGAAAGGCCCAAAGUGUCGAAGAAAUCUGAGCCGGAUGAAAAGAAUGAUAACGAUCAGAAGGAAGAACAAUGGUGGUUGAAGAAGCCAGAUACCUGCCUCGAUGUUCCUAAUGUUCCAGUAGAAGCAAAGACAAAACAGUCCCCGUCCAUAUCGCCGGAUGUUAGUUCUUCUAUGAAAGAAUUUCUUGAGAAAGAAAAGAUGUGUAAAGCUAUGCAUAAAAGCGAAUUAGAGAUGAAAGACAGAGACGAUACUUUGUGCGAUAUCUUAGCUUCUGCAGCUUUUGACAAAUACCCAUCCGAUUUUGAAAAUGCAACAGACGAAGAUAUAGGUAGCAUCUUGGAAGAAAUGAGUAAGAUCGCUGGUGCUCUAAGCCCCAAUUCAGCUGCAGAUCGUAGAAAAUCAAGGACUUGCGUUAAGAAUUCCACGGAAGAAGAAAAAUCUGUCGAAGAAUUGUUAGAAGAAGCUGAAAAGCUUGUACGAAAAAAUAGUAGUAGCUUGUCGAAAAGUGGAUCAAAAUCUGACACUUUAGUACCUGAAAAUAUCGCUGAGGAUGUAGAAAGCCUCGGUAGGGUCAGGCAGCUGGAAGCUGACAUUUUUCAGCUGAUAGAAGAAGAAGUGCAUAAGGAGACGGAAAAAAUAAGAAGGAGUCCGAGAAAGGAAACAAAAAGCGACGAUAGUCCUGGUUUCGAUGUACUGUACGAAAAUGUCAAUUGUUUAAAGGCCCCGAAAACUUUGGAACUCCAAAGAAGAAGGUUCGAAGAACAGAAGGUGGAAGUGUCCAGUAGUUCAGAUUUAGAUGAUCCGAUUGAAAGGCAUUCCAAGUCGGAAGAAGCAAUAAAUAGUAUAAGAAAGAUAGAAUUAUCGGAUAAAGAUAAUUUACAGAAAGAAAUAACUGAUGUAGAUAAAGAUUUUUUUGAAGAUUUGUUAAGAAAAUCGAAAGAAAGGGCCGAGGGUGGUGGUAUGUCGGGUAGCUCGAGUUUCGGGCAAGAAGAUUUUUCGCAUUUUUUAAAACUUUUACAAGGGCAAAGCGAUAAAAAAGGAGAAGAAGAAGAAGAAGAAGAAGAAGAAGAAGAAGAAGAAGAAUCAAAUCCUAUCCACGAUCCUCUUUUAAAAUCUUCGGACGAGCAAGUCUCCGUUUUGGAAAAAGUAUCCAAAAGUAUUAACGAGAAAAGUCCGGAAUUUCCAGAAAAAGAAAUUUCCGAUAUAUUAGAGAAAGAACUGCCUAAAACAAGUGAAACGGAUGGCAAUUCGAGCGACCAAGAUCGUAAACGGUCUGUCAGUGUUAGUAGCGGUAAGAGCAAAACCGAAUCGAAGCAUACGACGAAUAAUAUUAAGUAUCAAACAUCUCCGAAGGAUCGUGUAAUCGUGUCGAAGGAUAGCAAGAAAACAGGUACGUCUAAGGAAGAACUUUACACGGUUGGGCUUACGCCGCGAUUAGAAUUGUUUGCGGAUGCAAUUCCAAAAUUGUUAGCCGAAAAGUCGGUAGAAUGCGGCGGGGGGACGCAUCAGAGCAAACAAGUUUCCGAAGAUGUGAAAACGACCAAUACUGAGAUUAAAAGCAGCGGUAUCGCAACGACUACUCGACGACUACUAUCGCAUCCAGUUAACGCAUCGUCGAGCAGUAAGGGGCAAAAAAAAGAAAUCAAAUUUUCAAAGUCAAAAAGUUACGAUCAGAUCUGUAAGACAACAACACCGUUUCGAACGUCCGUAGAAAACUUAAAGGUAGCUAAAUCUUCGGAUACCGUGAAAAACCCUGCCACCAGUAAUCUGACGUGCAGCAGAUCAAGUACUGUUAAGCCUAUCGUAACGAGGCUUCCUUCCAAGACCAGGGUACUUCCAAAAGCAAAACCAAAAGCAAAAGUAAAAUCAAAAUCGAAACCAAAGAAAGAUCUGAUCAAGACUGUUGGUUUUACUUCCUCUUUGUCUUCCACGUAUAAAGGGUACCAAAUAAAGUCGCCAGAUAAUCAUGUAAAGCGGUCCAUGGCUGGUGGUGGUGGUGGUGGUGAUACGAAACACAAUUCGGUGACACCGAACUGGGAGAACUUGUGUCGCGAGGAGAGACACAAGAAUGUUCUUUUGAAACAGCAGCUAGAGGCUGAAGUGAAAUUGUACAAAAAUCAAAUAGACAGUAUGCGUGUAUCUUUUGAGGAAGAAUUGUUCGCAUUGAAAAAGCAAAAUAUCAUUCUAAAGGCAAGGCUCGACGAACUCUUGUUGAAUGAUAAACGCGUGAUAGACACUUUUCAACCGAAGAAGGACACUAAAAUCGUGCUUUUAGAGAAAGAAUUGGAGAAACAAGAGAAAUUGAUUCGCGCAUACGAAACGGAGAACAAGAAAUUGAUGCAAGACACUAAACGCAUGCAAGAAGAGAUGAAGCAGUUGCAGAAACAGAAAAAUACUGCACCGCUAGAGUCUGGUAAUAAGAUGCAAGAGCUUGCAGAUAAAGUAAAGGAUCUCGAGGAGGAGAGGCUGAAAGUGAAUCUCGAAAUUUCGGAGGUUCGAGAGAAGAACGCGGACUACGCGUUAAAGAACGAGGAUUUAAUCCAGCAGAAUAGUUUACUGAACGACGAGUUGGAGAUGUUCAAGGAACAACUGAGGACGAAGAACGAUUUCAUCACGGACCGAUUGCAAGCAAUAACCAACGUCGAGUUGGAACUGAAGAAACAGCUGGAGGAUUUGACGAUCAAGCUCAGCUCCAAGACCGAACAGUUACGAAUCGUGAAACAGCAGUUUGAUAAGAUUCAGCAAAACGUACUGCCAUUGGAGAAGGAGCUGCUAGAAUUGCGAGUGAAAGAAGGGAAUCUUGAAGAGAAGCUACAGGUAGCCAAAAGUCACGUGGAACGUGAGAAGCAGUUGACGCAAAAAUUGAAGGACCAGGUGAUCCUUGACAGCAAAAAGAUCAUCGAUUUGAACAGACAGAUACGUGAAAUGGAAAGGAUAUUGAAGAGAAAGAAUCCCGAUUCUGUGUCUGCUCUUAUACUGACGGCUAAUUCGGAGCAAGAGAAAGUUGGUGCUGAAAAAUUGAAGCUAUUAGAGGAUAGAAUUUCAAGUUUGGAAAAUGAGAUAAAAGCAAAGGAUCAGUUGGCGCAGCAGAAGGUGAUAGAGUUUCAAAAAAAGUUUUCUGACAUGAAGGAGAAAUACUGUUCGCAGAUAAUCGAAUUAGAGGAGAAACUACUCGAGGCUGAUAUUAAGAAUCGUAAAAUUUACAACGACAUGUUCACACAGACGAUAUCGAAACCUGUCGAGAGUAGGGCUGUAGAAACAAUCAGGAAAGAAGAGAGAGCUGGCUCGUUCGAGAAGGAAGAUAAUAAAAAGGAUCAAAAGUCAGCCAAUGUUAAUAAAGUAGUUAAUCUAAAGUCUCAGAAUCUGAAGGAUGAUGCAUAUCUUAUGGCCACUAUACGUGGACUGAAAUUCGAACUGGCAAACAAAGAUAAAGCAUUGUCGAAACUUGGCAAAGAAUUGCAGGAGCUACAAAAGACUAACAGAAAAUUACAAAAGGAACGAGAGAAAUUACUAAACGAUAGGAGAUCUGUUAAAAGCAGCACGGAUUUUGAGAGGACGGUAUCGAAUCGAGCCAUGGUAUCCUCGGCUGAUUCAAAGUUACACACUUUGAAAUGUUCCGAAGGAAACGAUCAGAACUCGAACACGUGUUAUCAGAAUGGACACGUGUCCGAUUCGAAUUCUCAACGACGAAUGUCUUGUUCAAGCUCUGUUCAAAAGCUACUUUACGAUCCCAUGCGAUACACCGAAAAUCUCGGAGACAGCAAUAAUCUCGUCAAGAGAUUAACCGACGAGAAUGAUAUUUUGAAAGAGGAAUUAAAUAAGAUGAACAAGGACUUUAUGGCUUUGAAAAAUAAGCGAUUGCAUGACUUGAAUCUGUUGCAAGAGGAACACGAACGCGAAAUGGCUAGCUUGCUGAAAGAAUACAGCGUAAAGUUUGGCGAUUCUAAAGUGGUAAAGUUGCAGAGUCAGAUAAACACGCAGUUGGCUGUGAUAUCACAUUUGAAGCAACAGAUUGAAAAAUUGAAAGACUCUAAGGAACAGGUGGUAGUUCUGAAGGCAGAACGGGAUCAUUUGGAGAAUAGGGUCAAGACGUUGAAUGAAAAAGUCAAGUAUUUAUCAACGCCGAGCACGGAGCAGUUGCAGUUGCUGCAGGAUAAAAUAACGAUUCUUCAGCAACGACACGAGAGUCGUGAGAUGACUUUGCAGAGCCUGGUGCGUGAUUUACUUCGCAAUCGUACCCAAUGUAAGGACUGUAAGAACGAGAAGGGUAAAAAUCGACAAUUAUGUUAUUUUCGACAAGAGUUGGAUCAUAUUCUUGGGAUGCUUCAGGAAAUUGCCAAUGUUCAUUGAUUCUGAUCAACUAAAUUAUCGUACAAGUGUGUGCGUGCGUACGUGCGUGCGUGUGUCUAUGCACGCGCUAACCGGUGGUGCUCAUGAAAUGCUGAGAAAUCGUCCAUUGAUUGCAAUAACGUACUUGAAGCACGCGAGACGUUGCUCGACUUUUUGUCGAGCAUUGUGAUAAUUCGUAUACUUGAAACGUACUGGAAUGGAUUUUUACGCAUUACAGUUAAACAAUCACGCGAAUUAAACGCGUCAUUGUUGGAAAUUUUACUAUUUCUAUAACGCGUUUUCAACGUGUAAUCAAAAUUUAGAUCAUUUUCUCUAACUAGAUGGAGUUUAUGCUAGAUUAAUGUGCGUGUGUGUAAAAAGACUGUAAUGCGUUAAAUGUUCAUUAGGUGAAUUUAUCGCGUUGUUAAUCAUUUUAUACGUAUAAACGAAUGCACAAAUGUUGCUCUAAAAAUGUCCAAAAUGUUGAACGUCUUUUUUUUAUUUUUUUAUUUUUUUAUUUUUUUAUUUCUUUAUUUUUUUAAAUAUUACGAAUCCUUCUACGAAGGUGAACGAUACGUUUAUUUUAUUAUGAGGUAUGGAUUAUACCAAUGAAAUCAUAUCGAUCUCGGGAUAGUUCACACGUAACGAUCGACUGGGAUCACUGCCAAAGAUGUAAAAAAAAAAAAAAAAAAAAGACGAAAGAAGUUACCGUUUUAUCGUAACUUCUCGUCGAUACUUACUAAUUUCUUGCCACUGUGCGUUCAAUGCACAUGGACAUAGUCUCGUCCAUAGUCGGAGUAAUAAAACGGUUAGUCAGAGUAUCAAAUAAUAUCGUACAUAGAUAGAAAUAUUUUCAUCUAUAUAUUUACUAUAAACUGCAGACUUUUUAUUUAUCUAAUAACGCAGAAUUAACAGUAAGACAGAAAAACCGGACUGCUAGUUUUAGCCUUGUAUCGGUAUGUACUUGUUGACAAGGUGACGAAAGUGGUUUGACGUUAGAAAUGAAUAACUUUCGGUAACGAGGCGUCUUCCGAAGUUACGUAAAAUUGAAUAGCCAUUCUUUUUUACAAAAGGCUUUUCUUCGUCUUGCGUUUUGUACAUACAUAUAAAUAAGCAUCGUAUCGAGUAAUUGUAUUUAUUUCAUAUUUAUACCAACAAAUUUUUCAACUUCGACUAUCAACGAAUUCAUUUGUAAUGAAAUCGUUAUGCUCUAUCAUAUAUUUAUAUACAUUUUAGUAGAAACACAAUUGACUCUCUGUACUGUCACGAAGCACACGCAAAUCGCACAAAAUUAACGACAUAUUCUACGUGUAAUCGCUCAAAAAUCUUUGUUUCAGGACCUGACCAUCGUUUUAGAAGUUACUUUGCUUUCUUCAGGUUGUAUUUUUUUUUCUCUCUCUCUUUUUUCAUCGAAUCAUUGUAAGCACUUUUUUAAUAAUUAUUUUUAAGCUGAACAACCGUAAUGUACAAACCACGAGAUUAUGGCUUUAAUAAAUUACUUUUCUCUUUGA